AUGGUCGCCUUGGCACCUGGUGCGGACAUUGUUCCCACUACAUACCACCCCGCCGAGAAUGAAAUUUGUCCGUUCAAGAAUCGAAUGCCUACGAAAGCCACUAUGGAGAUGGAUGUGGAGGCCAUGUCUGAAUAUGACAGCACCGAUUCGACUAUCAACCCAAACGGCAAUGGUAACCAUCACGCACAAAAAGUGGUUGACGGACCGAUCGCCUCUGAAAUCUCGAAUGGAAUGUCGGAAAAUGAGGUGAUGGCUAUGAAUGUGUUGAAGAUUAUCGAAAGUUACGGUGUUGAUUUUGAGAAGCCCGGUAUUUCCUGGAAGGGCUUUGAGUCGUUCGUUCCAAUUGUCUCGGAUCAAAUUGAGAAACAGCAGCCAAUCCGCAUGACCUUGCCUGCAUUUCCUUUUAAGUCACCCAAUGCAAGCAGUAAAGUGCUUGGAAAUAUGCCCGAUUUCGGUGAAGAAUUGGCCUUAGCCCAUUUGAACGGACUUUGCCAGAACAUCGGUGAAGUAUACGCCCCUGGCGCCGAUGUGUACAUCAGCUCGGAUGGACUUGUAUACAAUGAUAUUCUAGGUGUCCCAGAUGAAACCGUUUGGGAUUAUGGAGAGACCCUACGAAAAAUGGCCAUUGAGAAAGAGCUCCAUCACGUCAAAUUCAUUCGACUUUUCGAACUUCUCAAGCACCCAUGGUUCCAAUCUUCAACUCCAGAGGCCGCAAAGGCAGUCUAUCUGGCUCACGCCAGCUGUCUCCGCCGAGAACUGAUGUUCACCUUUGCCGACCCCAGCUUCGACGCGACGGAGGCUAUCAAAACCGACAAUGAUACAUGCCUGACAUACCGCGGUUACAUCAAAUUCCUCACCAAAGAUCUAGCCCAUCAGGAGGAGACCAAAACCAUGUCAAAACGCGCUCGACAGGCACAGAUUGCCGAUACGGCACGACAAAUGAUCAUUCGAGGCAAAAUGUUCGCGGCGGCUAUCAGAGCCAACCGCAAAGACUACGUCCGAUUGUCGAUCCAUGAGUCCGCUGGCGAGAGAAAGCUUUCUGUCUCGCUUAUUCCACAGACUCGAGGUACACUGGGGUAUACACCUUGGCACUCCUCUGUGGCUGUCGGGCAGGACGGUUCAUAUCGCACUGUCCAUGCCGAAGACGUACGCGAUACGCACGACCUGAUUUAUAAAAACGGACAGCCAUAUUUCUUCCGCGAGAAGUCAAGUGUCUUUGACUGGACGGAGAACGGUCUAUCCGUCAAGUUCGAGCAUCUCUACCCCUGCGGACUGAUCAUCCGCCCUGCGGAUAUCGACAAUGUCAAUCCGCGGCCGUCGAUCCGUUCCAUCCCCAUGAAAAAGGUCCGUCAGCUAUCGAACGGCAUGUCACCAAUUAUCCUACGUGGAUUCUCCGAGACUCUAGAGGAAGAACUCUACGUCAAGAAGGGCGAAGAGCUGGGCACUAUUCUCCCGUGGAGUUUCGGUAUAAUCCAAAAAGUACGGGACAACGGACGUUCUGACAAGAUGGGCAACAACGUGACAUCGAACGAGGCUAUGCCGAUGCAUUUUGACGGGAUGUUCAAGUUCGACGAGAUCACGGACCCAGAAACGGGCGAGAAGAAGAAAGUCCAACGCCCACCUGGCUAUCAAUUCUUCACUUGCCCCGCCACCGCGCCAAAGGGCAAUGGAUACACCUUGUUUGCGAGCUCCAGAUUGUUUUUCCGGUACCUGCCUCUCCCGUGGACUGCUGAGCGUCUUGAGAAAGUUACAUGGGCUAUGGAUAACGAUGGAUUCUGGGAUGCGAAACUAAAGAAUCUACCGUUGACCGUGAAACAUCCUGUUUCUGGACUUCCGUGUCUACGUUGGCAUCAGCCCUGGGACUCGACUAAGACUAAAUUCUCAACGUGUGAUGUUACGAUUGAGAAUGACGAUAAUGAGUUGGUUCAGAUUGUGGAUCGCAUUACAUAUGACUAUAGAGUUUGUCUUCGCUUUGGUUGGGAGAAGGGUGAUCUAUUGAUUAGUGAUAACACUGCUAUGUUGCAUACUCGCACUGGAUAUAUCAGUGACUGUGAUCGGGAACUGUGGCGAAUUCACUGUGACUGA